AUGGCUCAUCGGGGUAGGACGGCAAGAGGCUAUGAGACAACACCAAUCUGUUUGUACGUCGUGCUGACUUCGAAAGUGACCCGCUCCCACAAGUUCACUGACCGUGACCACGCCGGCAUUGCUGACGGCACUGCCGAGCGUGAACAAAGACUUCCCAAGUUCUUUGGCAAGUCCGGUCAUGCUGACACCGACCCGACCAAGACGAAGAAGGGUGGUAGCGGCAAGGGCAAUUGGGGCGCGGCUGGUGAUGAGGUCGAAGAUAUCAGGCCAAACAUGGCCUAUGCCCGUCGUCGAAGCAACUCGUCCACCCACAACAUGAAGGACUUCAAGACCAAGUUCGAGACAAUUGAAACCGAGCCCGUCUUCGAAGAAGAAAUUCACGGCCCUCUCGGCGAAGAACUGGAGAAGCAGAGCACCACUUCGACGGAGAACAGCAUCGCUGAGGAGGAACACGACAAAAAGAUGUAA